AUGGAAAAAAUCGGUUUAGCUAGCUGGAAUGUAAAUGGGUGGAAAAAAAGCUGUGAAAUAAUAAAAAGAAAUGAUAAUGACUUGCUGCUAUUUUUAAAAAAACUUGAUAUCGAUAUUCUAUGUUUACAAGAAACAAAAACGAACGAAUCAUUUAUUGAGAAUGAUUGUAAUUUAUUAGAGGCUGAUUCAAAUAUGUAUGAAUCGUAUUGGAGUUGUUGUAAAAAAAAAAAAGGAGAAAAAACACAUAAAGGAUAUUCAGGCUUAGCAACAUAUGUAAAAAAUGAGAAUAAAAUAAUAUGUUCAACAAAUAAAGUGUUUGAUGAUUUUUCUUUUUUUAACAAGUAUAUAAAAAAGGAAAACUUAUUAAUAAAGAAGAAGUCUGAAAUUGAUAAAACAUCCAUAUCUUUUUUUUUAUUAUUAAAUGAUAACAAGGAAAUAUAUAAUGAUCAAAAUAUACAAUGUGAUAAAAAUAAUGAACAGAACAAAAUAAAUAAUAAUAAUAAUAAUAAUAAUACAAAUAUAAGUGUAAGUGUAAGUGUAAGUGAAUUUUUUAAUGAAGGAAGAAUAUUAAUUACUAUGCAUAAACAUUUUAUUAUAGUUAAUAUAUAUGCUCCUUAUUCUGGACAUAAUUAUGAAAGACUAGAUUAUAAGAUAAGAUUUUUUCAUGCUGUAAGAGCAAAAAUAUUACAACUGAGAAUAGUAACAGGUUUACCUAUAAUAUUAUUAGGAGAUUUUAAUAUUUCUUAUCGUAAUAAAGAUAUAUAUUAUCUUAAUAAUAUUAUUGAUUUAGAUAUAUUAUUAAAAAAUAUAGAUAAUAUAGACUUAAAAGAAGAUAUAAAAAUGCAAAUUUUAAAAAAUGUACCUUUAAUUAUUAAUACCUUAAAAGAUAAAAAUAAUUUUAUUAUUAAAAAAUAUAAAACACAAAAUAAUGAAUUGUAUAACUUAUAUUUAAAAUUUGAUGAUACUCAUGUCAAAUUUAUAGGAAAUAAUUUUUCAUCUCUCGAAGAAAUUUUCUAUUUCUUUUCUUUAGAUCCUGUAUAUGUUGAUGAUAAGUAUAAGGAUUAUCCUUAUGAAUAUUAUUUUGUUGUAAAUAGGGUCUCUGAUGAUUUGCAAGAUGUUUGUAACAGCAAUAAAAAUGAUGACCACCAUAAUAGUAGUAAUAAUAAAAAUGAUGACCACCAUAAUAGUAGUAAUAAUAAAAAUGAUGACCACCAUAAUAGUAGUAAUAAUAAAAAUGAGGAAAAUACGAUUAAGAUGUCAUGCCACAAUAAAUACAUGAAAAAAGAUAUUAAGAAGGAUGAAGAUUUUUUGAAAAAAAAUAUAGAGAAAGAAGAUAAUGAAAUUGUAACUAGACAUAAAAAUAAUGUAGAACAUAAGGAACUAUUAAAAAGGUAUGAAAAUUUUUUCAUAAAUAAUGAAAAAAUUUUUGAAUCGAUUACAAAUAAUAAUAAUAGUGAAGAUAUAGAAUAUUAUUUUUUAAAAAAAGAUAAGAAUAUAAAAUAUAAUAAUGAUGAAAUGAAUAAAAAUGAAAGAGAUAAAAAAAUAUUAAAUUGUAAAAAAAUAUUAUGUAAAUAUAAAUAUAAAAAUAAUAUGAAUGGACAAUAUCUAGUUAAAAAUACAAAUUGUAUAUAUUUAAAACAUUUAAAUGAUAUUUUUAUAUCUUUAAAUAUUAUUCUUUCUGAACAUGAUUUAUUAAAUAUAGCUAAUAGUAUAGGUAUGACAAGUUCACCAUUAUGUUGUGUUGAUAUAAUAAAAAAUUUAAUAUAUGAAGAUAAUAUGAUAGAUACAUUUUCUUUUUUUCAUCCAAAUAUAAAUGGUAAAUUUACAUGUUGGGAUACAUAUCGUCAAUGUAGAAUACAUAAUGAAGGUUCAAGAAUUGAUUAUAUUUUUAUGGAUUAUAUUUUAUAUGAACAAUUUAUUAAAAGAAAUCCUUAUCUUUAUGAAUCUCCUACAAUAUUAAAUGAUGAAUUAUAUGAAAUGUUAAAGCAAAAAAAAAAAAAAAAAAAUUCUUUAAAUUAUGAUGAUAUAAAUUCUUUUGAGUCUAAUCAAUAUUAUGCUAAUUAUUUUAAUAAAAUAAAAACAAAGCAAAAAUAUUUUUUAUCAAAUGAUAAUAUAAAUGAUACAUUGAAAAAAAAAAAAAAACAAGAAAAAGAUGAAGAAUACGAUGAACAAAAAUUGGAAGAUCAUAUUUUAGAUACUGAAUUUUAUAAUUUUCAAUUUAAUAUAUCAACUUAUAUAGGUUUUAUUUAUACCUCACCAAAAUUAAGUGAUCAUAUAGCAGUCAAGUGCACAUUUAUUAAAAAUUAUAAUAAGAAAAAUAAAAUUAUUAUUAAAUUAUGUUCUUCACGUUUUAAUAUUAUACUCAAUUAUUUAUGUUCAUCAAUUCAUCAAUAUAUUAUGUACUUACCUCUAUUUUUAAUUAAUCCUUCUCUAUUUUCUUUAACUACAUAUACUUUAUUAGAUCAUGUUCAUUUAUAUGAUGGCGUGUGUCCAAAUAUAUUGAAUACACAACCUCACAAAAAAACAAAUAAAAUUACACAGUACUUUACAGUAAAAAAAAAGAAAUAA